AUGAGCAGAAUCCUACCCUUAGGUUCGGCGUUGUAUAAGGGUGUUUCUGGGUCGGGCCAACCGGCAAAACCGCUAAAAUUCAUUUUCCUGCUACUUUUCCUUGCAUUGCUGCUUGCAGAGUUGCAGACCUUGCUUAGGAAGCUGAGGGUUCGUUUGCCAUUCGAUGAGCUGCCUUUCACCUUCUACUUGAAGAGCGUGUAUCUGUGUUUUGCGUUCUUUGCCUGGCGAAUGGGCAAUUUCUACAGCUUGAAGAGAAUAUUCACAAUUGGGAUCGCGAUCUACGUGCUACUGUUUGUGGUUGGGGUGCUUCUGGCUCAGCAUAGCUACUUUGUAGCCAGCUCCACUCUCAUCACCCAGGCUUUGGGUGCCCAUAUGGCUUUGAUCAGCAUGUUUCGGUUUAUCAUAUGGAACAGGCCCUCGUGGGGCCUUUUCGCUCAGACCAUGGCAUUUGUAUGCUUCGAUGUCAGUGACUUUUUUGCCCUGACCACAGAAUGGAUUAUCGUCGAAGGUGCCAUUUUACCAGUGUACGUGGUCGUGUGUUGCUUGGACUCUGUCUUCUUUCUCUCUGGAGUAAAACCUUCCAGGACUAUCAGCCAUAGGAGGUGGGAGAACCACGUCAUCGGCAUUACCGGGCUCUGUGCUGCUCGUGUCAUCCCGUACGAGUUUCCCGCCUACUUUAAACGUGGCCUGCUUGCCUACGACAUCAUCAUCAGUCUAAAUGUGCUCUUCUUUUUCGUAAGCAUUUGGGACUCUAGGAGAAGGUCUUACCUAGUGGACGGGGAGACGACGGGUCCGUAUCCUCAAAAACCUGUUGUUAUAAGACGAAGAUGGACGUCGUAG